AUGGGUGGCAGAAUACAUGGGUUCCUUGGAGGUGUUCUCCUUACCGCAUCCUUGACAUACUAUACUGGUCAGUACAUUGAGAAAAACCAAAAGUUUGUGUCCAAGCAACUUAGAAAUGCCGACGAUGUAGUCAACAACAGAAUUCUUUCUGACUCUGGCAUUCCUAAGCCAGUAGCUGUAGACACCAGGGUUGACUUACACACCAGGAACUUUGCUGAAACUUCAAAGGAUAUCUGGAACGAAGAGAUCAUCAAGAUGGUCAAUUGGGUGUAUGGAAUUAACUGGUAUAGUUGGGGAAUUGCUGCCGACAAGAAGAUACUGGAUUUGACCAGUAAGGUGGCAGAAAACUUGGUGGUGGUAGCUGAAGAAAAGAAGUAA